AAUUCUCUUUGGAUUUCACCUCUCUCUCUCAUCGUUUUCUGGUAAUCUGCACACCUCUGAUCUUCUUCUUCAUUUGGAAAUUAAAUCCAACCGUUAAAUUCUCACACCCCCUUCUGUUCUUUUCUCCAUUCAUUCUUGAUAACCCUUCUCUUUUUUUAUUUAUUUAUAUACAUAUAUGUUCUCCGCUGUUUUUUCCUAAACCAUCAUUAAUGGCUACCACCACCACCGAAGACCAUCACCCCACCACCACCACCGGUGGUGGUGAAGUUAGCAAGCAGGAGAUUCAAGCAGCCAUUGCUAAAGCAGUGGAGCUCAGAGCACUUCAUGCUGCUCUGUUACAGAGCAACAGUCCUGCACAUCUACGGCUGCCGUCCGCCUCUCCGAUUUCACGGCAUGCUUCUCAGCUCUCUGCUCAAGAUUACCCGGUUUUUACCCCUAGUUACGAUGACGUACCAAGAAAUCAAAGUUUUCCAAGUUGUUGGGACGAAUGUAGCGUAAACGGAGGAGGUAACGAUGAUCUACGGUUCUUGUCUGAUUACAAAAAUCCAAAUGCAUCGUCAAGAACAUUGUUACCACCGGAAUUGAUGAACAUUGUCCCUCAUACGUGCCCGUCUGAUGAUCAGAAUUCCGUUGUGGCUUCGGGUCAUCACAUUACGCUCCUCCGAGCAUCACCUGGAACUGAGUUCUCAAAGUCGAGAAGGAACAGUCUCGGUGAUUUCAGAUCAAUCUCGUCAUGCAACAAAUGCAAACCUGCGACACUUAGCACGAAUAAUAAUCUUGAUGGUGCCAAGAAUCAUGUCAAGUACUCUAACUUGGUGGUGCCUAUGACUGAUUCACAUUCGUCCAUUCAAUCUCAUGCGAAACCCAGAUCAGGAAUGAGUCUUUCUUGGUUGUUUCCUCGGUUGAACAAGAAAAAACAUAAAAACGUCGAGAAUUCUCCAAACAGGAUAGGAUCAGAAGAAUUUUCUUAUAAAGAUUCUGGGAUAAUGUCAAUUGAGGUUUUGAAGAAAGAUCUUAUCGAAGCAAAUGAGAGGAGGGAUGUGGCUUUAAUGGAGGCUUCGGAGAUGAAAUCUUCAAUAGGGGAUUUGAAGGAAAAGUUAGAGUAUUUAGAGAACUACUGUGAAGAGCUGAAGAAGGCCUUAGGCCAAGCAGUUUCACAAGCCAAAGACUCUGAUCAUUCUCAACUCCAUAAAGGGAAACCCAUCGAUGGAAAUAGCGAAAGUAUGCCAGUUACCAAAGAAGUAAUGGUGGAAGGGUUUGUGCAGAUAGUGUCUGAAGCAAGAUUAUCAGUGAAACACUUCUGUAAAACUCUCGUAGCUCAGAUUGACGAAGGAGAUACUACAUUACUGGAUAACCUAAACUCGAUUCUUCAACCCCACAAGUUAUCUUUGAAUUCAAAGUACUCGAAAGCGGUUUUGUGCCAUUUGGAAGCGAUCAUAAAUCAAUCCCUUUACCAAGAUUUUGAGAACUGUGUGUUUCAAAAGAAUGGAACCCCAAAGCUUUUAGACCCUCAACAAGAACGCCAAGCACAGUUCUCGUCGUUCUGUGCACUCAGAAACUUGAGUUGGAACGAGGUUCUGAGGAAGGGAACAAAGUAUUACAGCGAAGAGUUCAGUAGUUUCUGUGAUCAGAAGAUGAGUGGCAUUAUUACAGCAUUGAACUGGACUCGGCCUUGGCCGGAGCAGCUACUGCAAGCAUUCUUUGUGGCGGCUAAGUGCAUAUGGUUACUGCAUUUGCUAGCGUUUUCUUUUAGUCCAGUAUUGGGGAUCUUAAGGGUGGAAGAGAAUAGGAGCUUCGAUAGCGUGUUCAUGGAGGAUGUGUUUGUGGAUAGGCAACGUUCACAAAACCCGACCCGAGUGAAGGUUAUGGUGAUGCCUGGGUUUUAUGUGCAGGAUAGGGUUCUAAGGUGCAAGGUUCUUUGCAGGUAUAAAACUGCAGGUUGAAGUAACAAGUAGUAGUGUUAAUUUGUCUUAUUUUUUCUUGGUGGGUAAUAUAAUGUUAUGUCUUUGGAUUUAAAUUGCUUGUGUUGUACCAAGAGCUGAAUACUUAAUAUUGUUGGAUGCUAAUGUUGAUAAUUCUAAGGUGAGGGGUAUGAGGAGGAUAAAUAUGAAA